AUGCACCGAGUAACAUGUUCAAGAACUAGUCUCGUUCGCGAUGCAUCAGUUGUAAGCACCGGGACCAGGGUUCGAAGAGUACGACGAGUGUCCGGUAGGAAGCAGGUCGCGCGCCAGCCAAUGUCUCCAGCACCACCUGCUGAAACCUCUGCUGCUGCCGAAAGCUCUCCUCCUCCUUCUCGUCCUCUGUUUGCACCAAAUAUUUCAAGUAAAACCCAGUCCACUCAUAUUGUCGGGCCGGCAAUGGCCCGCGACGCGCAGGUUCUCGAAAGCUACAUGUCCCCUGCUUAUAAUACAGCUGUGUCGUGUGCCCAGCCAAACCCGUACAGUAUCUAUUCUCGCGACCCUCGAAAUCCUGUAGUGUAUAUGAAAGUUCCACGCCAUCGCAACAUUGCACCUUCUGGAAAUGGUACCGCCGGAUUCAGACAGUUUGAGGUCAUGGACAAGAUUGUUGACCCUUUGGGUCCAGAACUGUUCCGUGUAUAUUUUGACAAUAUUCAUCCACCCUUUCCCGUACUUGACGAAAGUGCAGUUAUUGAAACCUUUUCACGCGAGGGCCUUCCGUAUACCUUGGUAUGCGAAAUCUACGCCGUGUCGCUUAUUCUUUGGAAAACUUCCAAAACAAUAUCAGCCACAGGACGUCAGACUCCAGAUGUUCGGUACAUGUGGAACCUGGCAGUGAGUGCGAUGAAUGAUGAUUUCAUAGCACCUGACUUGUCAACGGUGUUGUCGUGUAUCCUAGAUCUUCUUGGCCGGCCCAUAACCUCCAUCACGUACAAUGCUGUUAAUGUCGGUCGCGUCGUUGCCCUCGCUCAGAGUUUGGGCCUGAACCGCAAUCCGCUGAACUGGGACUUAGCUGCUCGACAGAAGAACUUACGCAUUAGGACAUGGUGGGGAAUACUGAUUCAUGACCAAUGGUAG